UUUUUUCUGAGAAAGGAAGGAAAACUGCCUAGUUGUAGAGGAUGGGGUGCAAUCUGUAAGCAGGACAGAAGCUGCCUCUGGAAGGGUGACAGAGAUGUGCGACUUGGUGGCUCCCAAAUCCCCUGAGAUGUCCGGAUUGGAUGAAGAGGAGCUGAUGCCCUCUGGCUGGAGCCCCUUUGACCUUGGAACCCAGAGAAGCCAGAGUCCCAGGAGCUUUCCAGCUCCCUGGCUGAGGCGCCUGGGCUUCCCGUUGCUCCUGGCCUUCUUUGUCCUCUCCUUCAUCCUCAGCAUCAUUACCCUGACCCAAGUCUUCCAGAAUCAAAGACAGUAUAAUUCGGAGCAGGAAGUAGUCCAGGAGCCAUUGAACCAUCUCUCUGACCAGCUGAAAGGUGAUCAAGACUUGAGGGCCAAGGACCAACCUGAAGCUUCACUGUUCAUUGAACAACUGAACAAAACCCUGAACUUGAGGGCCAAGGAUCAACUUGAAGCUUCACAAUUGAUUGAACAACUGAACAAAACCCUGACCUUGAGGGCCAAGGAUCAACUUGAAGCUUCACAGUUGAUUGAACAACUGAACAAAACCCUGACCUUGAGGGCCAAGGAUCAACUUGAAGCUUCACAGUUGAUUGAACAACUGAACAAAACCCUGACCUUGAGGGCCAAGGACCAACUUGAAGCUUCACAGUUCAUCGAAGAACUGAACAAAGCUUCACAGUUCAUUGAAGAAUUAAACAAAGCUUCACAGGUCAUCGAACAACUAAGCAAAGCUUCACAGUUCAUUGAACAACUAAACAAAACCCUAAGUACCCUUUGCCGUCCAUGUCCCUAUGAGUGGAAGUUCUAUAAAGAUAGCUGUUACUACUUUUCUGUGACCCGAAAGCCAUGGGAAGCAUCCCAAAACACAUGUGAAGCAGAUGGUUCCAAUCUGGUCAUCAUUAGCUCUUCUGAAGAGCAGAACUACCUGAAGAAGAAUGCAGCCUCCAACCACCAGCUAUGGGUGGGACUCAGUGACAAGAAGAAAGAGGGCUACUGGCACUGGGUGGAUGGAACAGCUCUUGGGCAGUCCUUUUGGAAUGAGGGAGAACCCAACAAUGCUGGUGAUGAGGACUGCUGUGAGCUGAUUCCUAAUGGCUGGAAUGAUGCAUCUUGUAGCAAAGAGAACUACUGGAUCUGUGAGAAGAAAGCUUCCCCUUGUCCCAUGCUCUGAGGAGCUCCAGGGAUGGCGGGUGCUGAGCUGGGGAGCAGCGGUGCCUCCAUCUGGCUAGAAGAGAAGAGUAGCUGGGCCUGGGAGCUCGAACUCCUGGGUCAGACCCCAUGUCAUGAAGGCCAAAGUUCCCUCAGAUCCCCCAAAUAAACUCUUCCCCUGACACUGCCUCCCAUACUAAUCUCCAUGGCUUUGGCUGUGACCUCUACAUAGCUGACUCCCAGGUUUGCCUCUUUUGGGUGCUCGCCUAAGUCUUGAACUCCAGGCAUCCAUCGGUCUGUGGCUGGCCAUCUGUCCCUGCCUGGAGGUCCUGUUUCAUUAUAAUAAACAAUUCCUUCCCCA